AUAUCGGCAUUUUUAAAAUAUUUUCUUAUUUUUUUCUAUAUUUUAAACAUUUUUGUCAUCUAGUUUAACUUUUUAUCAAUUUUUUCAGAUUAUUAUUUAUUAGACACUGGAUGUCUUGUCUCGUCUAAAUUCUAGCUUGAUGACCAACAAUACAGUAACAAAUAGUGAUGUAUCUAAUACUUCAGAACGUGAAUAUGCUUCUUAUAAAGGAUUUCACAAUGUAAAGAAUUCAUCCUUUAUUUCUGAUGCCACAAUAGAUGCAUCAUCACCAAAUUUAACACCUUUGAAUACUCCCCGUUCGUAUCUUUUAGCCGGACUGCGCACUGCUCCAUGUUUGGAUAAACAAGCGGAACAUGAGUUGAGAAGUCAAAAAAAUGAGGAGACGUAUGCUCCUUUUCAGAAUGUCUAUAGGAAAGAUGUAUAUGAUGCAAGACAGUUGGGGGUUUCAACUUACCCACAUAUGCUUGCUUUAUCACCUAGGACAGCACAAGGACUUGGCUUAUCCACUUAUCAGAAAGCAAGCUUUCCUGUAAAUUCUGUCUCAGAACCAUCUACGCCUUAUCAGCAUAACUUUGAUGAAUUUAGGGGAAUGACUCGACAAAAAUAUUCUCCAUUAUUAUUUUCUGAUUCAUCCUUUACACAACCUAUUUUAUCUCAGCAAUAUUCAUGUCAAUCAAGAAAAGUAAAACCUGCCCCUCCGACCGCUUCUGGUGCGUUUUUUAAAGGCUUUUCUCCAAAUCAUAUAUCAGAACAGCAUGCUUCUCCUUAUUCUCCAAUGGUUCACGAAUCGCAUUAUGGACUUCCUAGCUAUUCCAGUCCUUUAGAACUUCAUUCCCUAGCUUUUUCUGGUUCUGCUUCUCCUUAUUUUUCUCAAAAUUCGAAUCUUAAGAAAAACAAAUAUUUUCCGGUUUUUCAUACAAAUACCAAUGGAUCUGCUGUAAAUGUUAAUUCAGAAACUGGAUUUCAUGGUAAUUCUGCUCCUUUAAAUAAAGAAGGAGUUCCCUAUCGUCAACCACGUGGUCCUCCUCCUAUGGAAGAGUUACUUUCGCCUAAUGAAUCCGAAAAUAAAAACUUUUCUCUCAGAUUACGCAGGCAAGCUAUCAAUAAAAUAUUGCAUGCUGGUGUGCAACGGCAGAAUAUCAUCUUUUCUACCGAAUCUACUCAAGAUGGGGCUGAUGAUCUAUUAAAAGUUUAGUAUUUAGACUUAUUACUUCAUUUAUAUAAACUUUAUCUCUAUUAGUUUUUUU